CUACUUCCUAGUUGCUGCCGCUUUAUAAAUUCAGGAAAUAGGGAGGUCGAUGUAACUGAUCUCCCGCGAUCAUCCCGAGCUCUCUCUCUCUCUAUCUCUCGCACCUCGCUCUGUACCGCUUCUCGAGUCGUUCUCUCCAAGGAACUUUCGAUCAGAGAUACGAAGGUCGAAGAUGGUUGAUACCAGGCGGAGCUCCUCGUCCUCGAAGCGUUUGCUAUAUUCUCCUCUUCCAAAUGCCAAGCGGCCAAAGACGGCGGAGGACUGCUCAUCGACCAACGAGACGCCAUGUGGGCCGCCAGCUGAAACGCAUGUCCCGGCGGAAGAACUGGGAGAUGAAUGUGGAGCCCACGAGGUUCGUCUUUCUGAUCCGUCGUUGUCUGAUCGUGCGACUGUGGCUGAAAAGUCCCCAGAUGUUCAGUUGGAACGGGAGGCUUUGGCCUCUCCGACCCCUUUAGGCGAUUCCACCAUCGAGGCGGAGGCGGCGAAGUCGGUGACUUCGGCGGCUAAGAAGAGGCACCUGAACCCAACUCUAGAGUUCGCAUGGGAGAAGCUCAUGUCCCAGUGCUCUCAGUUGUUCAUGAUAAGCAACUCGCCGUCAACUCUCCAAAAACAGUUACCUCUUCUUCCUUCUGGAUCGGGAGAUGAUGGGGAUGCUCAACACCUUUCUGAAAUGCCAGAGCUGCCUUGUAGUUGUGAUGUACCUGAUAAUGAUCGUGUUCUAGAUACUGAGAUGAAAGAUGGUUCUGCUUCUAAUGAUGUGGAUGGUGUUUUGUCAAAUUUGAAAACCAGGGUUCCAUCAUCUAAUGAUGUUGCCAUGAACCUGAAGAUUGAUAGUACUAUAAUGGAACCUUCUGGGAAAGCACAUGUUGGUGACGUCCCGAGGGAAAUUCCUGAACUGACACCACUGCUGCAGGUGCUCACUCGGUCACCUGCUUCCAAGGUUGACUUAACUGGUUCCAAAAUUGUUGAUGACCAAAAGGAGGUUGGUGAACAUUGUGAUAGUUCACAGCAUUCAGCAUUUGAAGAUGGUUUAGGACAAAGGAUUCUGAGGGCCAACGACAUUGAAGUUUCAUUUGAGAACUUCCCAUAUUAUUUAAGUGAGAUCACAAAGAAUGUUUUGAUUGCAUCCAUUUAUUUACAUUUGAAGUUCGAUAAAAUUGCAAAGUACACCUCAGAUCUGCCUACCAUGUGCCCAAGAAUAUUGUUAUCUGGUCCUGCUGGUACGGAAUUAUAUCAGGAGACUCUGACAAAAGCCAUAGCCAAACAUUUUGGUGCCAGCCUUCUUAUAGUUGAUUCACUUUUACCACCCAAUGGACCAGUCUUGAAGAAUUUUGAUUCUUUAAAAGUGAGUUCAAAGCCUGACAGAGCAACUUUGUUUUCUAAAUGGGCUGGACAACCUGCUUCAAUACAGCUUAGGAAAUCAGCAUUGAGCAUUGCGGCAAGUCUGUUGGGUGGGUCUACGAUAAGUUCUCAGGUGCAGCCUAAGCAGGAGGCACCUACUGCAUUAUCAAAGAACUACACCUUCAAGAAAGGUGAUAGAGUAGAGUUUGUGGGUAUCUUACCAACUCGACCUUCUUCCCAGCAAAGGGGCCUAUCCUAUGGUUACAAAGGCAAAGUAAUUCUUCCUUGUGAAGAAAAUGGUUCUUUCAAGAUUGGGGUUAGAUUUGAUAUCCCAAUUCCAGAAGGAAAUGAUCUUGGGGGCUUAUGUGAGGCAGGUCAUGGAUUCUUCUGUGCAGCUGAUUUACUUCGCCUAGACAGUUCCAGUACUGAUGAAGUUGACAAGCUUGCCAUACAUGAGUUCUUUAAGGUUGCCACAAAUUACAGUAAAAGCAGUCCAUUAAUUGUAUUUCUGAAAGACGUAGAAAAAUUGGUCGGAAAUCAAGAGGCAUAUGCAUCAUUCAAGAGUAAGCUGGAAAAUUUACCUGGUAAUGUAGUUGCAAUUGCUUCCCAUACUGAGAUGGACAACUGCAAGGAGGAACCCCAUCCUGGUGGUCUUUUGUUCACAAAAUUUGUGAGCAACCGAACAGCACUACUUGACCUUGGCUUUCUGGAUAACGUUAGUAAGCUGCAGGAUAGAAGCAAAGAAACACCCAAAACAGAGAAGCAACUCAACCAAGUUUUCCCAAACAAGGUGACUAUUCAGAUGCCUCAGGAUGAACAUCUACUUUCAGUCUGGAAACAACAGUUGGAUCAUGACGUGGAGACUUUAAAAUCACAGUCUAACAUUGCCAAUAUCCGCUCAGUUUUAAACCGGAAUGGCCUGGACUGCCCUGACCUUGAAACAGUCUGCAUAAAGGAUGACGCCCUGACAAGCGAAAAUAUCGAGAAAAUUAUUGGCUGGGCUUUGAGUCAUCGCUUAAUGCAUUAUGGUGACGUGUCAGUUGAAGAUGUGAAACUCACAAUUUCGCGUGAAAGUAUUAUAUAUGGGCUCGACAUGCUACAAGGAAUGCAAAAUGGAACUAAUAGUCUGAAGAAAUCACUAAAGCAUGACCAGCAAGAUUUUCAGGAUGUGAUUGCGGAGGAUGAAUUUGAGAAAAAACUUCUUGGCGAUGUUAUUCAACCAAGUGAUAUUGGGGUUAAUUUUGAUGAUAUUGGAGCCCUUGAGAGUGUGAAGGAUACAUUGAAGGAAUUGGUUAUGCUACCUCUUCAGAGGCCAGAACUAUUCAGCAGAGGACAGCUGACUAAGCCUUGCAAGGGAAUACUACUGUUUGGUCCACCUGGCACAGGUAAAACAAUGCUUGCACAAGCUGUUGCAACGGAGGCUGGUGCGAACUUUAUAAACGUAUCAGUCUCGAGCAUUACAUCGAAGUUUUUUGGAGAAGGAGAGAAGUAUGUCAAAGCAGUAUUCAGUCUGGCUAGUAAAAUUGCUCCAAGUGUAGUUUUUGUGGAUGAGGUUGACAGCAUGUUAGGAAGACGUGAAAAUCGUGGAGAACAUGAAGCAAUGCGCAAAAUAAAGAAUGAAUUCAUGGUGAACUGGGAUGGUCUUCGUACAAAGGAUAAGGAACGAGUAUUGGUACUUGCUGCCACCAAUAGGCCUUUUGACCUUGAUGAGGCUGUCAUCAGGAGAUUGCCCAGAAGAUUGAUGGUAAACUUACCAGAAGCUGCAAACAGGCAGAAAAUCUUGAGAGUUAUAUUGGCCAAAGAAGAAUUGGCACCUGAUGUUGAUCUCGAAGCACUUGCUAACAUGACUGAUGGAUAUUCGGGGAGUGACUUGAAGAAUCUGUGUGUGACAGCAGCCCAUUGUCCCAUUAGAGAAAUUUUGGAGACAGAGAAAAAGGAGAAAGCUCUGGCCUUGGCAGAAAACAGACCAUUACCCACAUUACGGAGCAGUGCGGACCUUCGCCCUCUAAGCAUGGAGGAUUUCAAAUAUGCACAUGACAAGGUACAUGCAAGUGUGUCAUCAGAGUCUUCAAAUAUGAGCGAACUGCUCCAGUGGAAUGAUCAAUAUGGUGAAGGUGGAUCAAGGACGAUGAGAUCCUUCAGCUACUUCAUGUAGAGGAAGGGAGAGGAGAGGAGGUAUUUUAAGUACAUAGUAGAAUACCAACAAAUUUUGUGGGGAUAGAUGAAUUCUUUUUCAUAGUCAAAGCCUAUAAUAUAUGCAUAGCUUGUAGUUCAGGGAAAAUUUAGUCUUACUUUUUAUGCAUGCCCAAUGAAAUUAAUUGAUAGCAAAUUCUGUUUUUAUCAUGUAGAGGAAGGGAGAAGAGAGGAGUUUUUUUUAUCCAUUGCUUUAAACAUGUCACUUAUUGUGUCUUCAAGAUUUUCUCACCUUUUAU